CACAAUCGGGAAGUUAUAAACAGGAAGUUGUUAGUUUCGUUUUCAAAAUGCUUGUCUAUCCAUGACUUAUGUUCUGUUUUUCAGACACAAUUCAUUUGGUAUCCUGUCCACACCGAUUUUAAUAUGUCGAAAAACGAGAAUUGGACAAAACAGUGAACAAACUUCUUCAUAUUGUACAAAAUUGAUUUGGAAGCCUGUCCACACCGAACAAAGUCUGUCGAAACAACGGGAAUUGGUCGAAACUGAAAACAGAUUUCUCCAUAUUAGGCACUCGGAAGGAUGGAUGCAGUUCCCGGACGAAAGGCACAAAUGGCAUCUGGAUCGGCGCCUGACCUCACCUACUGCCAGCCAUGCGCGGAGGACGGCAAGAAAAUCCUCCCUGAGGCCUUCUGUCCCGUCUGUAAGGAGUUCCUGUGUUCUAACUGUGCCCGAGUACACCGGAACCAGAAAAUAACCAAAAGUCACGCCCUCCAGGACAAGGACAGUAUGCCUUCCUCAUUCCGCGAAGAGAGUGAAGAUGAAAAGUUUACAGAAACAUGUCAGCGUCAUGCUCAAGAGUUCAUAAAAUAUUACUGUCUUAAUCAUGAGACACUUCUGUGUGGAGACUGCUUGGCUGAAAAAGCUCAUCGCUCAUGCAAUAUUGAAAGGAUUUCUCAAGUUGCAAAACGGUACAAGGAGGGUGCAGAAUACAACAGCCUGAAAACAGGACUUGUCCAGACGGCCACUGACAUUGGCAAACUGUCACAUAACAUACAGGUGAUCAUGAAAUCAGUUGACGAAGAAAGCCUUACCAAUAUCAAUGAGCUUCGCAAAUUUAGGACUGAAAUUAACCAGUACCUGGAUAAAAGGGAAAACGAACUCUUGGCAGACAUUGAUCAGAAGAAACGAACAUCUAAGACACUGCUAGAUGAACUGAAAUCAAAAUGCACAAACAUGAAAUCAUCCAUUGAGAAACUAAAGUCGGAGCUACAAGCACAGAACGACAAUAGCAACCAGCUAUUAAUAGUAGGAAAACGAGCUAUGAAAGAGCUGGCAGGUCUCCAGGCAGCCCUGGAAGAUGUGAGCGGGAGGAGUGAAGUUCCCCGAUACAAGUUUUACAGGGACCCCGAAACUGAGAAUUUAAUAGUUUCCGAAAAACCAAUAGGACGGUUGGAAGAGGACGAAUCAACGUCGGCGUUAGGGCAGCAACACCGACAACAGCAAACGAAGCAGGAACAACGACAACAGGAGACGAUGCAACAACACCAAAAACAGAUGAAAGCUGUAUCACAAAAAGGCGAAUCAACUGCUGCUGCAGGGCAGCAAGAACGACAACAACAGAAGGAGCAACAACCACGGCAACUCGAGACUAUGCAGCAACUACAAAAAUACAUGCAAGACGUAUCACCAAAAGCCUUAAACCAGUGCCGAGCAGACCUAAGCCAAUCCCAGUUUAGCAAGCUGCCUGACAUUCCAGUGAAAACGGGAGCCGACACCCGUGAAUGCUUCCUGACCAGUGUGGCCCUCCUGUCCGGAGAAAGGCUCCUACUGGCUGACUGUUACAAUAACUCAGUAAAGCUUGUGGACACCACUACCAACAAGUUGGUGUCCCAGGUGAAACUUCCAGGUAACCCGUGGGACCUGUGUCUCCUGCCUGGGGACAGGGCAGCCGUCACUCUGCCUUUUGAGAAAAAGAUACAGUUCGUAUCUACUCAGGGAAAUGUCACAUUACUGGAUCUUGUUAAAGUAGAUGGACAAUGUCGUGGAAUAGAUUUCUGUGAUGACAACUUGAUAGUGUCCUUCAUCUCCCCAGGCAAGGUUGUGUUGAUGGACAUGAAGGGAAAGGUGAAGAAGAGUGUUGACAAAGACAGCAGUGGAAAACCUUUGUUUCAGGAUCCCUUUUAUCUGAAAGUGACCAGGAAGAGUCAGACUCCUCCGGUCAUAUAUGUCUCAGACAGGGACACCUACACCAUAACCAAGCUGAGCAUCUCACUAGAGGUGCUCCAUACAUACCAUGACCCGAUACUGCGAUCACCACGUGGUCUAACAGCUGUGGGGAACAACCAGCUGCUCGUGUGUGGGUGUUACAGUGACAACAUCCUGUUACUGGAAACGCUCACCGGCAAGAUAACCCAACUGUUGGGGAAGGAAGAGGGGAUAGAGAGGCCACUCAGUGUGGCUUACUGUUCACUGAGAAAGAUGAUGUUUGUCACCUGCUGGCCUUAUAACAAACCUGAAUUACGGAACUUCGUGAAAGUUUUCAAAGUUGCGUAGCAAUUGCAUUUAGUUUUACAUAAUUUGAUGUCAUUGUAAAUAUAUGGUAUUUUCUUUGUGAAAAUGCACACGUUUUCAAAUGUUAUUAAUGUAUCAAUUGUUUUAUGAUUUAAAUACUUUGCCGAUAACAGCUAAAAUAAUAGUUAAACGGUUAUCUCUGCUAUGCCGACGCACGUGCCUUACUGUUCACAGAAGAAUAUGCCUUUAGUCACAUGCAGACAUCUGGACAGAUCUAAGACCCAUCGGUAAUUUUAUAGUCGUGCGUUUUCAGAUACGAUUUUAACGGUUAACAAUUGUUAUCAGUUGAUAAUUUCUAUAAAUGCAUUUUUAGUAACUAGUUCAUAGUUUAUCAAUCAAAAUUUAUCUUUGUUAUACAUGUGUAUGUAUUGAUUUCGAAUACGAGUGUCACUUCAAACUAAAAGCGUUUCGUUUAAACAUGGAAAUAAUAAAAGAAAUAUAACGAUAUUACUUAACGAUAGUACUCUUUUCUUACGACUUAUAGCACGUUUUGUUCGAUCUAAAAACAUGCAAAUGAAAGUUUUGUUUAACUUGGUCUUCUCACCCAUGUGUUUUGAUGAAUAAAGCUUAGAUGGGCAUAGAUUCUAUAGUAAUUCACGUUUGAAUUUAAUUGUUAAUUCACUGUAAAUUCUUUUAUAUUUUAUGUAAUAUUCAAUUAAAUAUUAUAUCAUAUAAUAUUAAUUCAUUCUCACAUGUAUAUUCCAGAAACAAUCAAAUCAAAUGAAUUUAGCGUAUAAUAUGAUAUGUGUUAAAAUUGUUACAUGCCAUAUAUAUAUAUAUGUGUGUGUGUGUGUGUGUGUGUGUGUGUGCGUGCGUGCGUGCGUGUGUGUGUGUGUGUGUGUGUGUGUGUGUGUGUGUGUGUUUUGUUUGUAUAUAUGUUAUUAUGACGAUAAGCUUGUUAUGCUUAAGUCUAAUAAAUAUUCUGUUCUGUUCUGUAUAUUCUGUAUUUGAAUCCAGGACAUGUUACACAUUAAGAACUUAUUAAUUAAGCAUUGUUUGAAAUGAAGCCCAUUAGGGUCUCACUACCUUAAUUGAAGACUAAUUGAUGUGGAAAAUGAUACAAUAAUGACAAUAGAUGAUGAAAUCAUACUUUUGAAGAUAAAAUACCUGGAAAAAAACUUGUCAGUUUAUAGCGCUGUUAAAUCACAAUGUCUGGCUUUUCUUUAUAUUUUUUUUUAAAUGAGGAUGUUUAUGCAAUACAUUGACUUGAUGAUUAUUUUAUAAUACGACAUUUAUUGUUUUCUUGUAUGCAUAUUAAAACCAUAA